AGCGAUUAACAUGCGGUCCGUGUGUGCACAACGUAGUUUUUCAGAUGCUUUAGUGUGAUAUAUAGUUGACUUCGAAAUACGCAAUCGUGUCUGCUGUCCCUAUAUUGAUACCCUUGUACACAAUUCUGUCUCUCUUCGAUCUUCAAUCAUGAGUGAUCUCAAUCCGCUUCAACACGACGAUAAUCCAGGACCUUCGAGUUCAAUGGGUCCUCCACUAUAUAUACCCUCAUCAGGAGCAGGUCCAAUACGGCGUCGUCGUUUCAGCACAGCCAAAAUUCAGCCGACACGGAUCAAAAAAGUCAUGCAGUCUGAUGAAGAAAUUGGUCGUAUGGUUGCUUCCGUUCCAGUGGCUAUCGGACGGGCCAUGGAGCAUUUUGCAGAGAAAUUUUUACAGGCAGCUGCUCAGGCUACUCAAAUGAGCAAUUCACGGACAUUAACACCUGCGCAUAUGAAGCAAGCAAUGAUGGCGAAUCCACACUUCCACUUUCUCGCAGACAUCUUCAAAGAGGUUGCAGUCCCCGGUCGUAUGGGGACGGAAUUUGAUCCCUCGCUCGCACGACAACAAAUGCAGUUGCUGCAGGCAGGUCUUCCUCCUGUGGCUCCAACCAGCUGUGCAAGUCCGGUAUGCAGUCCUUGUACCCCUGUCUCCCCUAUGGGUGUAAAUGGAUCGGCAUCGUUUGGAAUGCCGCCGCAAUCAGCAAAUGGCACCUACUCAGUUCCGCUUCCUGCGUCAGUACCCUAUACCAUACCCUACUCCCCGAUGAUACCCACUAUGGCUGGGGCGGGACAGACACAAAAUGUUCCUCCUAUUCAAUAUCAAGUGCCGCCGUCGGCUAUGGCAACAGCAGUUCCACCUUCUCCUCCUGCAGCGCCAGUUUCAUCGACACGUAAAACAACGAAUGGGAAGAAAGAACCUCCUGCUGAUGGCGAAAAACCUAAAAGGGGGCGUCCACGUAAAAUUAAGCGCUCUGAGAAAUGCCUCGACGAAGAGUUGUGCGAGGAAGUUACUAAUGGGAUUGAAAAAGAAGAUCAAGAUCGAGCUUUGAUGCCUCCACCUGCACUUCCGCUGGGACGUGCCAAACCUGUAGCGUGACCCUGUUGUACGGAACGCAUUUCAUUGUUAUACUUCCUUCUCAUCGUUCCUCUAUUACGAGUUCCUCAGAGAAGAACGGAGAAUCACCGUUUCAUAUGGAUCUGAUGGUACAGUGUAGCAUCGCGAUUCGUUUUCCACAAAGACUUUAAUUUUCGUGUUUUUCGUGUACUGUAUUGAAUGUUGAUUAGUUUUUCUGAUGACAUGUACUGUUUUUCGAUGUAUUCUUUCAAGAUUUAGUUGUGUUGUUUGUUAUUCGACCGUUGUGUUGUGUAGUCAGUCACGUUUUCAUCAACAUUCAAUGCACAAUUGUCGAAUCUCUUUUGAGAUCGAAGAAAGUAUUUGAUUUAUUUCAUUCUCAC